UCGCUCAUCAAGGGGUGUACCAAGAUGGCGGACACAUUAGGAUUUAUCGAAAUUUUCCAAAUUUUUCUCCUGAUUUGCGGCGUAAAAUCAGCAUUUACGAUGGACGAAGCGCAUGAUGUUGCAGCCGAGCAGGAUGAAAGAGCUCAGACAGACCAUAGAUUGGACAGUCUGAACCUUUUGAUGUUUAUUGCGCUGCUUAUUUUGGUGAUUUUGACGAUCUGGUUGUUCAAGCAUGUCAGGUUCAGGUUUGUCCACGAAACUGGACUUGGAUUAUUUUAUGGUCUUGUGAUCGGCGCCAUCAUCCGUUAUGCAGGCGUCGGCACUCCACGGACAACAGAAGUUGUCACGCUGCCUCCAAACAGCUCAUUUAUUGGCACGCUGCCCCCAGACAGCAUUCGCCUCAAAGUGAUCGCGGAAUAUGCCACAGCCAACACAUCAAAACCUCUCUACUUUGAGUACAGUUACAAAGGAUCGGUGAAGCAAGUUUCUGUCUCCAAUAUUGAGGAGCUGGAUGAAAAGGCGACCUUUGACCCCGAAGUAUUCUUCAAUGUUUUGCUGCCCCCAAUUAUAUUCUACGCUGGCUACAGCAUGAAACGUAGACAUUUCUUCAGAAACAUUGGAGCGAUUGUAACAUUUGCCUUCAUUGGUACAGCCAUCUCCUGUUUUGUCGUUGGAUCGGUGAUCUUCGGUCUAACACGCUUGAUGCCCUAUCUCAGCCUCAGUUUCAAUGACUGUCUCUUCUUUGGUGCUCUCAUCUCAGCCACAGACCCAGUGACGGUGUUGGCUAUAUUCCAUGAUCUGAAUGUUGAUGUUGAUCUGUACGCCUUGGUGUUUGGAGAGAGUGUCCUGAACGACGCUGUGGCCAUCGUCUUAUCGCAGGCCAUUGACAAGUACAGCCAGAUCAACACCCAAAGUGGCUUCGACACAAGGGCAGUCUUCCAAUCUCUUGGGAGCUUUAUUGGUAUCUUCAGUGGCGCGUUUGCUCUCGGUUCAAUGAUGGGCUGUAUUACUGCACUCAUGACGAAAUUUACCAAAAUCCGUGACUACCCAUUGUUGGAGACUGCGCUGUUUUUCCUCAUGUCGUAUAGUACGUUCCAGGCAGCGGAGGCGGCUGAUUUGACGGGUAUAGUUGCCGUGCUGUUUUGUGGUAUCACUCAAGCCCAUUAUACCUAUAACAACCUGUCGACGGAGUCAAAACUCAGAAGUAAACAGCUUUUUGAAGUCCUCAAUUUCUGUGCGGAGAACUUUGUGUUCGUUUAUAUAGGAGUUGCGACGUUUACGUUCCGGAAGCAUGUCUGGGAUGCUGGGUUCAUAUUCAUCGCAUUUCUAGCUGUUCUCAUUGCUCGAGCCUGUAAUAUCUAUCCCUUAUCAUUCCUACUCAACCUGGGACGAAGCAACAAAAUCAAAAUCAAUUUCCAGCAUAUGAUGAUGUUCUCAGGCCUAAGAGGAGCCAUCGCCUUUGCUCUCGUUGUACGAAAUACUGCUAGCGAGCAGCGGAGACUCAUGUUAUCCACAACGCUUGUGAUCAUUAUAGCAACUGUUAUAUUAUGUGGCGGCCUCUCCACGACCAUGCUACAAUGGCUCAAAAUUAGAGUGGGUGUAGAGGAUGAAACCGAAAACCAAAAUUUUGAAGCUGUGAGAACAGCUAUGACACGCCAGAAAAAGUACAGCACAAUGGCGGAGACUCAGAAUGAGGCUGGGAGUAGCACGAACGUGGAUGCUAGUAAUCCCAACCAGAUGCAAAUGCACCUGCUGGUAGGUCAUCACAUGGAGCGUGACCAUGAGUUGCUGGUCGUCAGUGCUCAGCAUAGUCCAACCACGGAGCAGAGAUCUGAUGUGACGGCAGUGGCGUAUGAACGGGCAUGGCUCGUCGGCAAGUGGUAUUCCUUCGAUAGCAAAUUCAUGAAGCCAUUUUUAACGCACAGCCGGCCGUUACUAGAGGAAACGUUACCUAACUGUUGUGCUCCUUUAGCUAGAAUACUCACUACUGAACAACAGUUAUCACAGGAUGAACAUCAACGUUCAGAAGACUCUGACACUGAUCUUAUCAUAGACGAUAAUGAAUUGACGUACGGUGACCAACAAGUCAACAAUACUUCUGCUGAUGGUGCCAAUAGAAAAGUCAUCGCUGAACAGCCCGCCCUUGAUCUACCCAAUGCAAGUAAUCUGGGCGCUUUCCCUAAGUUUGUUACAUCUCCUGAAAUGACUUACUAACCCGGUCAGAGACACCUCUGGUAUCACAUAUUCUGUCAUCGUCAAGUUAGGCUUUUGCUUCACUUUCAUACUUCACACUUCGGCGAUUUAUAUCAAAGAAGACGGUGUAUGUGGGAGCUCUCUUUGGUGUUGGUGGUUUGGCUGGAUUUUGCACCUGGUUUCGGUAGUUUGGUGGCUUGACGUUAGAGUAGGAAUGGCUUUGUAGGUUUGAUGGUAGGAAUGGUAGGGUUUCUUGUCAGAUUGUAUGACGUCCUCUCUCUUGCCUGGUGAAUGUUUUGGAAGUUUUUCGAUAUCUCUCCAUCUACUAUCUUUACCGGGUGUUUGCAAAUAGAAUGCAGCUAUCCACUGUCAUUUUGUGACUUGGCACUUUUCACUUCUCAUUGCACGUUCUCUGCCUAUAGUAGCUGGAAACCAUAACAUCCUGGUCAUUUCUAUAACCUUGUUAACUGCCAGUACCGGGCACGACUGUCAACCAGUGUUCUCUAGAAUAUUAGGUCUCCAACAUUUUCCAGUCAGUGACACUGAGAAAUAAUGCAGGCUGUAUACAUGUACUUCAUAUUUUGAGGUUAUAAACGAGGUCUGAAAUAAUCUUCCCUGGGAACUUUUGACAUGGCAGGCACCACUGUACGAUGUCCUUUAGGUAUGUGCCAAUAAGAAGACCCUACUACUUCCACAAUAUGACAUAUUCUAAUCGCUGGUGUCUUUUCAGAGUGUGACAGAAGACGAUGGCGACUUGAGUCAGGGAAAUCAAAAUACAUGUACGAGUAUCCCCACGAGGAUCCGCCUUGACGGACCAAAAGGUGAAGCUGUGUGAAAGUGGACCACGUCGACAAGUGGAAUCAUACGCCAAGUGUAAACUGCUUUCAGAGGAAUGUUGUCUGGACUUUAGCUUCCUUUGAGUUAGAGAAUGAAAGACCGUGGCCACUGCAGAUACGUGUCGCCGCUGUUUACAUGGAAAUCCGUUGAAACAUGCUCAUUUGGUGGUCCUAUAUUGAUUACGGACGAGAACACCAGUGUUUUUGUAUUAACUUGUGCAUUAACACCAGUGAGUGUCAGUGUUUGGGAGAUUGUUUUGAGAACACCAUGUGGAUUGAUUAGCUGACCAUAACCUCCGAACCUCAGCCAGUGAGAGAAGUGAAAGCUUGACAGUUUACCUGCUGUAAGUAUUUGAACCUUUCCGACAGAUCCAUGUUAGAAAUUAAACGCUCCCAUGCAAGAUUCCUUCGAUCGGUAGAAUGAACUGAAGGGAUUUGGGGAUCCACCAACUCGGGGAUAGAAAUAUUUUACAAACUGGUACUACUUACUAUACUAUAAUUAAGUCUUGCCCUAUGAUGAAAAUGAGCAAAUUCGCAGACUUUUGGCAUUGCAAAUAUUUCACGGUUCACAUAUACAUGUAGUGCCCUUUGCCAUACUUUGCUGCAGCAGUGUCCAUUUCCUUUGUGCAAUAUAAGUGUAAGGUAAUGUCCAAUGGAUUGCUAUAAUUGUAUUAAAUCGUGGUCAAAAACAAUGUAAAUAUAUGAUGUUGAUAGGGAAAUAGCUUUUGCUAUGUGUGCCACGCUGUCUGGUCCAUAUCAAGCCAAGUUUGUUUGGUUUGCAUUCCAGAGUUUCUUGUUCAUGAUUUUGUGUGGUUCCGAUUGAAUCUGUGGGAACCUGUCUGUUUCAAAAUGUAUUAUAUUUGCCGAUCUAAAAAAUAUGGAUGAACAUUUCAAUUAUGGAAAACUAGCACAAGUUCUGUUUUGCAUUGCACCAUAACUUAUUUUGUGUACCAUUCUAAGAGAUGUAAGUAACAUUGUACAUGUUGUAAUUACAUGUAGUUAGAUAGGAACACAGAGUGAUCAUUUUUACUCACCCUCAUUGCAAGUUUUCUUUGUGUCAUCAUGAAAGUUGAUAUGCAUUGUGUAUCAGUGUUUGAAGACAUAGUCAAGUUGGCCAUUGGGUGAUAUGAAUAAAGACUAGCAAAUGCUUUUACUAUAAUGUUGUACAUAAAGGCCAAGUGUAAAUGUACAUGGACUUUUCGCUAAAAGCAAUUGCUAGUCUUUAUUCAUAUCACCGAAUGUGGCUGGAACCAAGUUAUGUACGGACCGCUAACUGUUUUAGCACAUGUCCAAUUUUUCACUCCCUUAUUGGGCCAAGAGUCAGCAUGUGAUAAACUACUUUACUAUAGAAUUAUCAUAGAAAUGAUAGCUUUGAUCCCAAUGGCGCUGAGCCUACCUCAUCUGGCAUAAUUUUUUAACACGCAUCGUUUUCUAGUCGUAAGUCCCAUGUUGAUAAGUGAGCUCUAUUUACAGUUCUACUUCAGCUGGGUUUGUUGAUUUAAAUUUUUGAAGAAAGUUAGAGUACAUGAAGAUGAAAUACAGAUUGCUUGUUGGAGCAAGUAGUGACUUUGAAUAAUGGCAAUGAAAAUUGUUUAGUUUUAUGUAUUGUAUGUGUACCAUAUGAACACUAAAUGGUGUUCUUUCUUGUGGUGUUUUUUGAGAAAUAAUUUAUUUCUCACGUUUGCCACGUGUUUGACUGAAAUGUGACUGUGACGUGCUAACGCAUGGAUGGAGCUUCUUAUUUCACUACUGUUAAAGAUUGGGAACUGUCCUGUAAAUGUUUGGUCUCCCCAUUGUUUCGACGACCUCAUGGACUGCAGUGGAACCUCUCGACACACUUGGGGCAGAGAAAUUCUGUCCUUAUCAGAAAUUAGAGAAGUGUCUUGUUCAGAGGAGUUGAAAAAAAUUUAAAUCGAAACAAGUUUUAUACUAAUCUUGUAUCUGUACAAGGAAUCCAAACUCUGCCAGUUUCUUACCUUGAACAUUUUGAAAUCUGAAAUUAGCUGCCUUUUCCAGAUUAUUCCUGGCCGAGGUUGUUUUGUAUUAUUGGUUGCAAGAUGUAACUAUUUAUUCUCGCCAUGUUCACAUAAAUGUUCAAAACAAUGAUUAAUAUAAAUAAUAGUAAGAUUUUA